AUGAUACUAACUUUUAUUAAAAUUAAAAAAUAUAGAAUUAAAUAUUUAAUAAUAAAAAAACAAAAAGCUUUUGGCAGAAAUAAUUUAGGUUUUAUUACUUGUAGAGCUAAAGGUGGGGGGAUUAAAAGAAAUUUAUAUAAAAUUUUAGAUUCUAAUUUUGCUAAUUAUGGAAUGUCUUUUUCUUCAGCUUUCUAUGUUAAUAUAAUUUACGAUUCAUUUAGAAGAAUUUUUUUAGCUGUAUACUUUAUUAUAAAUUCUAUAAUAAAAAAUAUUUAUAGAUAUUUUCUUUUAACUAAAAAUUUAAAAAUAGGUUCUCAAAUUAAUUUUGGUUUUAAAGCACCUCUUAAAAUUGGAAAUGCUUUACCUUUAUAUAAAAUAUUAUUAGGAUCAUUUAUAUAUAAUAUAGAAAUAAGAUAUAAAGGAAAAGGUAGUUUAGUUAAGAAUGCUAAUCAUAAUGCUAUUAUACUUAUGAUUGGAGAUAUUUAUGUUACAGUAAAAUUACCUUCUGGUGAAAUUAAAUUAUUAUUAAAAAAUUUAUUUUGUAUUUUAGGUCAAUUAGAAAUUAGAAGAAAAGUUAAUAAAAAUAUAAAAAAACAUGCUGGAUUUAAUAGAAAAUUAUCUAUAAGACCUAAAAUCAGAGGAGCUGCAAUGAAUGCUGUUGACCAUCCUCAUGGAGGUGGAGAAGGAAAGGCUUCAGUUGGUUUUAAAUUUGCUAGAACAUUAUGAGGAAAAGCUUUUAAAGGAAUUAAAACAAGAAAGAAAAAUAAACAUUUAUCUAGAUUUAUAUUACAACAUCGAUUAUAA